AUGGAAGUAUUGUGUUAUAAGUAUUUUUAGCAAUUUAUAAUGAACCUUGAUGAUACAGAUUGUAAUUCUAAAUAAAUUUAUAUAUAGUUAAAACUCCAUAAAAAUAGCAAUUGUGCAAAUCACCUAUUACAUAUAAUAAACAAAGUUCACCUAAGAAAGCGAAGGAAGAAUUAAAAAAAAUUAAGAUCAUUAAGAAACUGGAAUUCAAUGAUGAUCAGUUAAUAAUAAGAUAAGAUGGAAUACUUGGAAGAAGUAAACGUAUUACAUCAAAAGAAAAUAAAGGUAUUAAUUAUCAAUCAAAUAGUAAAUUCAUCCUACACUUUGGGUCUAUUAAAUUCAAUAGAACUAAACCAAAAUAAUGUUAUAGUUAAUAAGUUGGUGAAACCUAGCGAUGACGAUUUAUUUAAUCUCUCCAGAGAUGAAAGCAUAGUGUGUAAAUGUAGAAAAUCUAAAUGCAUCAAAAACUAUUGCGUUUGCAGUGCCAACAAUCAAGAAUGUUCAUUCAAGUGCGAAUGCUACAAUUGCUCAAAUAAAUAGCCAAAAUCCGCUAUCUCAAAGUAAUCAGGAUCUGAAUAUUUGGGAUGUAAUUGUAGAAAACAAGAGUAUGAGCUCAAAAUUAAUUCCUAGUUGUUCUAAAGGGUAUUGUGAGUGCCAAAAACGUAAAAUCAAAUGCACAUCGAAGUGCAGAUGUUGUGAUGAAUGCAAAAAUUGUGAUAUACAACCUUUACCCUUUCAUUUAGAUAGUUUAUUCUGA